AUGACCGAAAGCCAAUUUUACACACGGGCAGCAAAUUACUGGGCUAGCGUGCCAGCGACGGUCGAUGGAGUGCUCGGAGGCUUUGGUCACAUUUCAGAAACCGACAUCAAUGGAUCCAAGGCGUUCUUGGAUGACAUACUUGCCUUCGAAAAUCCACCCGCUACCAAAUUGGCAUUGGACUGUGGUGCAGGGAUCGGCAGAGUUACUAAGUACGUACUUCUCCCACGAUUUGAAAAAGUAGAUUUAGUAGAACAAGAUGAAAAAUUCUUAAAAACCGCUAAAGAAUUCAUCGGAUAUGAUGACGAAAAGCUAGGAACACUAUACCAAAGUAGUCUUCAGAGCUUCAAGCCCGAAAAAAAAUAUGAUGUCAUUUGGUGCCAAUGGGUAACUGGACAUUUGAAGGAUUAUGAUUUGAUUGAUUUUUUCGAGAGAUGCCGAAUGUCUUUGAACACGAACGGUGUGAUGGUAGUUAAGGAAAAUGUAACAACAUCGACAGAAAUCGAGUACGAUGAGAAUGACUCGUCGGUAGCACGGCCUAUGGAGCUGCUACAAAUAUUAUUCUCCGAAGCCAAACUGAAGACAGUGAAAACUGACAUCCAACAAGGAUUUCCACCUGAAAUUUACCCAGUUCAUUCUUUUGCACUAACUAGUAUGGAUCAAUAA